AUGUCAAGAUUCGGAGAGGGCGCCCUCGUCCCAAGCCGGCAAGUCGUGCCUCCAAGACCGACGGCUCUGAGUGGUCGAGAGGAAACCCCGGCCUCCGAAACCGAGCAACUGGCGACGGCGAGAGAUAUAUCUGAUACGAUUUCCUCGCGCAUUCAUAACACCGAGGUUGUAAUCCUGCUUGAAAGUGGCGACCCGAGGCAGGCUGCAGCGAUGGCGAAGGCGAGUCGGGCGUUCAGCCCCCUGGAACGAGAGAGAAGAGAGACUAGCUCGGAUAUUCAGGCGGUUCAGGGAGUCUCUGCCAUGAAGGCGAGUCCCCUGGAAAUAUGUAUGGCGUCCUUGGCUUUAACUUUAGACGGUGGAGCCUUUUGCAAAUCAAUAUCCCGCAGGUUCGGCCGCAAAGGAGGCCUCCUCAUGAACAAUAUCUUCGCCAUCAUCGCUGCGAUCUUCUUCGGUUUCUGCAAACUGGCCAACUCUUACGUCAUGAUUAUUAUCGCUCGUUUCUUCAUCGGCGUCAACAACGGUCUUAACGCCGGCCUGGCUCCGAUGUACCUGUCGGAAAUCGCGCCCGUGAAUCUCCGAGGCGCCAUCGGUACCGUCUACCAGCUUGUCGUCACCAUCUCCAUCCUGUUCUCACAGAUCAUGGGUCUGGAGUCCAUCCUCGGAACGGCAGAUUUGUGGCCUAUCCUCCUUGCCCUGACCGCCCUGCCCGCCGUCUUCCAGCUGGUCACUCUGCCAAUCUGCCCCGAAUCUCCCAAGUACCUCCUGAUUAACAAGGAAGAAGCUAUUUCUGCCCAGCGUGCACUCACUUGGCUCCGCGACACAAGCAACGUGCAAGAAGAGAUGGGCGAGAUGAGGAACGAAGCAGAGGCAGCCAAAUUGGUCCCCCACGUGUCUCUGCGCGAAAUCACAACCAACCCGACUCUGCGCAUCCCUCUGGUUAUCUCCAUGAUGAUGAUGAUCGCCCAGCAGCUCUCCGGUAUCAACGCUGUCAUCUUCUUCUCCACCAAAAUCUACCUGGCUGCCGGCCUUAGCGACGAGGCUUCCCUGAACGCCACCAUCGCUAUGGGCACCAUGAACGUGCUCAUGACCAUCUGCUCCCUCGUCAUGGUGGAGAAGUUCGGACGCAAGACCCUCAUGCUCGCCGGCCUCUUCGGCAUGCUGGUCGACGUCCUCCUCCUGUUCAUCUGCCUCCUGCUCAAGGACCUCGCCUCGUGGAUCAGCUUCCUGUCCAUCUUCCUCGUCAUCUUCUUCGUGGUGAUGUUCGCCGUCGGGCCCGGAUCCAUCCCCUGGUUCCUCGUGACCGAGCUCUUCGCCCAGAACGCCCGGCCGGUCGCGUCCUCGAUCGCCGUGGCCGUCAACUGGACCGCCGCCUUCAUCGUCGGCCUCGGCUUCCUCCCCAUCCAGGAGAUUAUCGGCCCCUACGUGUUCCUGAUCUUCGUCAUCCUUCUCUCCUUGUUCAUCCUGUUCACGUGGAAGAAGGUUCCGGAAACGAAGGGCCGCUCCAUCGACGAAAUCACUGCCAUGUUCAAGCAGUCGGCUUACGGAGGCAACAGCGUGUGAGGAGAACGGACAACUUCCGUCGUUCCCUCCAGAGCGAACGGAGAAGUGAAAGCCGUUCAAGGUGUGGCGUUUUUUUUAAAGGAGAGACGAGGGGAGAAAAUUUAAGAGAAGUAUGUGUACAUAGUUGUGCCGUCAGUGGAAUGCAGUCGUCGUGUUUGCGAUUGACAUUCUUAAUUUGGGAUUUUCCUCGUGAAUAGUUUUUUUUUUUUGAGACACGAGCCGGCUUGUCCUGGGCUCGAAGGUCGGGCAUUCAAAGGACAUUAGACCUUAAGAGGACUUUUCCCGUCGCCGAAGAACUGACAUUUCUUCGUGCGGACGAGGAAGAGAACCGUUCCUCUGGGGCUCCGCGUAGCUUCGAUCAGAACACCAGAUUUUCUCCGUUUAAUUUCUUAGAGCCGUAGGUGUUGUGACGUACCAUGUGCCGUAGACUUGUGGAAGUUUAUACUGAAGUGGAGGACACCCACGUCGGUGUUUCAAUUUUCUUUUUUCUUUUUUUCUUUUUUUUUUUUAUCUUCACAUCCCAAGAGAAUGGUCCAAGAGGGCUCCAGCACAGCAAAACACGCCUUGGGAUUCCCUCGCUUUCAAAGGGGAUUUCACUCCAUUACGAAUGGGUCUUUCAGGGUGAUCGAAUGGUCUUUGAAAGCGGGAGAGUCACUUGGCGUCGCUUUUCUUAUGUAUAUGUGAAAAAAAUAAUAGAACUGUGCCUGGUUUGGCCUUCCUUAAUUGUGUGAUAUAAACUUUGCUAAUAGGAGAGUAUUUUUUGUGAGAAAAAAACAUGAUAUAUGUUAUAUUGGGGAAUUGUGAUGGGGUUUUAAAAAAGACGUAAAAAAAAAACUUAAGAAAUAUGGAGGGAAGUUUUGAUCAAACGAAAUUUCGAACCUGUUGUUUUCUUCAGGUACGUUUUCAUUGGCAUACACUGUCUCGAAAAAAAGUGCAAAUUACUCAAGUGUCAGAACACUAUUAGUCUUUUGUCAUUAGCUCCUUUUUCUCGUCCCUUCAACACAGGCUAAGAUUGGAAAGGCAAUUUGUUGUUUACCUUCUUUACUUUAUUAUCUGUCUUCAUGUUUAAAUAGUUUUGAUUAAGUUGGGUCAUCAAUUAUCAUAUAUAUAUUCGAACAUUCAAAUUUUGUAUCUGGGUGAAGGAAAGUCAUAUUAUUUGUCAUUUCAAUUGCUUUUUGAAUGCAAUCGUACGUGUCAUACUGUUUGGUCCAAAAAGGGGAAACAAUACUAAAAAAUAUAUUAAUGUGGGUUCUACCGCCUUCCAAUCUUUUAGUCUCCGCCUUUUCCGCUUUCUCUCCUUCCCUUUUUUGUCAUUCGAGUCAAGCUAUUACCUCCUAACUUACUCAUAGCACAACACUGUAGAAAUUAUUUUUUUACUUUGACAUUCAAGUAGUAUUGCAUUACACGAUCAUCAGAAUCGACAGUUCUGAUCCCCCUCCCCCCAUUUAUUUUAUUUCCUGAAUAUAUAUAUAUGUAUGUAUAUAUAUAUAUAUAAUCUAAGACGAAAAGGAGUAGUCUCCAUCAUGAUCUCCCUCUUUCCCGACGCUUCCCUCAAAGAAAAUCUGAUAAAUAUCUGUGAAAAAAAGCAAAAAAAAAAAAAUAAUGAGCAGCCCUUGCGUUCAUUCUCGCAGAGCCAUCUAGCGACAAGCUAAGAAAACACCUAUUUAUUUUUCCAUGUCCACCGUUAGAUGGCAGCACGCGAGUCUUUGGUCAGGUGGACGCUGGUCACGAUGUUACGUUUCCUCAGUGCGCGUCUUGAGUCCUGCGUCUUGGGCCAAGAUAGCGGCGCGGAUUCUGCCUUACUGUUUGAGAGCAGUUUCGCCAUGCUCAGUGACUGUUUACAGUGUCUUGUAGAUUGAAUUUCAUUCCUGUUUUCAUCUAGUCACCUUAUAAUUUACAGCUGUAAGACAACUUUCUCUUGAUAAUGGCUUCUGUAUUUUUUUUUUUUUUAUAUUAGUCGUCAGUAACUUCAAGUACAAUGAAUCAAGAGACAAUAUUAUUGUUAUUUUUUAUUCUUUAAAUAAAUAAAAAAAAACAAUUAGAUACGUAUUUUCAGGAUUUACAACCGAUAUGCUGUUUUUUUUUUUUUCUUUUCUUUUCUUCAUUCUUAAAUUUCGAAAUCGUGGUUAUUACUUUUUCAUCAUAAUAUUUGACUGCUCUUUGUAAGCCUCCGCAUGACAAAGGUAUUUCAGGAGAUGGUGUCCUUCGGAAUUCGAAAUGUGAAGUUUUGAAUUUCCGCGAAAGGCAUCUACAUCAAAUUAUACUCAUAUUUAGUAAUGUAAGAUUACUAUUCAAAGUGUAUUUAUUUCUGUGGAUUCCAAUUAAGAUUAUACAUGUUAUCAUAUCAUUUAAUCAACAUCAUUGCAUGCAACUACAUUCUAGACCUUUUUAUAUAUUUGGGAGAAUAGUGUUGCAGGUUGCAAGAGGCCAAUAAAUUUGAUUUACAUAUCACUAAUUGAUGAUAGAACGAAGAAUUUGUGGUUAUAUGUAUUGGAUGUAUUACGUUAAAUUUCAUCUGUGAAUUUAUUCCAAAUGUUCGGCCCGUAUCGUAGCCUUUGUUGAUAUGUACGUCUUUCUGAUGGCUCACUGUUUGUUGUAAAAAAGAGUUUAUUCGUUAGGAAUAAGCAUAGUUCAGUGAUACAAAGGCGGUGUAAUGGUUAAAAUUACGAAUAUUUGCUACCCAGGACGUAAAUGCUGAUGCAGGAAAAAAAAAAAAUUAUACAUAUUUAGUCUAUUGGUUAGUUGUAUUUUCUAGGAAGAGAGGGGAAUGUACUGAAAUGUGUGAAUAUUCAGCAAUGACUUUUUGAAAAGUUUUUGAAAAUUGUUAUAUUUUUCUUAGUGUAUAUUGCACUCUUAUUUGAAUUGAUGCAUCGACAGGCAACAACUGUUCACUUUUGAUUUGUACAUACUAUUUUUCAGCCAUAUUACAUCUCGACUAUUAAUUCAUUUUCAUUCAUUACUUUCAAAUUCAUUUUCAUUGUUUCUAUUACUCAUUGUCAAUUUUUUUUUUUUCGUUUUUUUUUUGUUUUUGUUUUCGUUUCAUGAAAGAGUGACUGCAUCUGGUAGACACAAACUGUAAGAAAAAAACAAAAAAACAAAACAAAAACAAAAAAAAAGGAGUCUUCCUCAUGUACUCACUCUUGACACGAUUAUGGCUAUUCUAUUUUUUUAUAAAUAAUAUAUAUCCAUACAUUGUUUCACAACUCCCCCUCUUACCACCCCCCCACCCCCUGGCAUUAUUCCAGCACCAUUGUACAGUUGAGGAUCAGAAGCAGGCACGCUUGGUAGGUUCCAGUGCUGUGUCUGUUUCUCGUGUCUGCAACUGCACGUGGCUUCAAAGUUCAUAUGUUACACUGAGCAAGAGUUACAUAGCUGUAAACGUGUCAUGAUCAUCAUAUGUUAUUAUUUUCAUAGCAAGUAUGAAUUAUAGUUACAAUAGAGUACCCACAUGUGCAUUCUGUAUGUUUGCACAGUUAUGUAUGUCAGAUGAAAGUAAAAGUACAUGUAAUGUAAAA